AUGGAUGCAAUUGAUUUUUCUUGUGAUAGUGAUUUUGAUGAUCUUGAAGAUCUUGAUGUGAUUCGUAAGAGACUUUCGUUGUCGUUGAACAGUGCUCAUAGCUCACCCAAUACUAGUGAUCAUAUAGAAGAUGAUGCUCCGGCAGGUCUUCGUGUAAUGGUGGUGGAUGACAAUACUGCAUGUCUUUUUAUAACUUCCAUUAUGCUUCAAAAGUUCAAUUACGAAGUGACUGGUGUUCGAGGAGGAAGGGAGGCUUUAAAAUUGCUCAAAGAGAAGCCCCGUCAUUUCGAUCUUGUCAUAAGUGAUCUUCAUAUGCCAGAAAUGAAUGGAAUUCAAUUACUCCGCCGCAUAAAGCGGAAAUACGCUACCGUGCCCGUGCUCCUGAUGUCUGGAGAUAUAAAAGCCGAAAUGGUGACAAGAGCGCUAGAGAACGGUGCUGGUUAUUAUCUGUACAAGCCUGUGACUUGUUCUGACUUUGAGAAACUAUGGCAGCAUGUUAUUAAAAUCAAGGUAGACCCAAAGGGGUACGAAAAAGAUAUGGAAAGUUUUUGUCAAGAUUCACCAAGAGAAAAACAGAAGACUACUAGUAGGGUUCCUGUGUCAUCAUCAUCUGAUUAUAAUGAAGGAAAUUCCAGAGCUGAAGUAUCAAGGAAGAGGAAGGAACCUUCAAGAGAACACCCAGGGGAUGGUAAAAGAACUCGCGCUCGGUCUGCUGCUCCAAAGAAGCGAAGAGUUAUCUGGACUGCUGACUUACACAAUCACUUCCUUGAUGCCAUUGAAAAAUUAGGCGUCGACAAGGGUGUGCCAAAGAGAAUACUCGAGUAUAUGAGAAUCCCUGGCUUAACUAGAGAAAAUGUAGCGAGCCAUCUACAGAAAUACAGGAUAUUUGUGAAAAAGCUUAUAGAAAACAACCGAUAUAUCGAGCCAAGUACUGUCAAGUCCUUAGCCAGUAGAGCAUUUCACUCGAACUUUGCUACGGAUGAGCCUGCGCCGAUGAAUUUACCACAAAACUUUUCUCAAAGAACACCCAAAUACUCAUUUGGGUCUCAACACUCAAACCCACACUUCACAUCUUAG